AUGAAACAGCAUUAUUUUAUCGAUCGAGAUGGGGCAUUGUUUCGUUUUGUGCUGAAUUUCCUGCGUACCGGCAAGGUGCAUGUGGAUACAAGUUUUAAUGAGUUAGAUCAAUUGCUUCAAGAAUCAAAUUUUUACGAACUGGACGAGAUGAGUGCCAUGCUACGGGAACUCCAAGAACGACGAGCAAGUCACUUGACUACCAUUGAUGGCAACGCACUGGGAAAACGCUUAUCUAAGCGAUCUCAACUAAACGAAUUCAAAUCGUCCAACAAACGUGUAAUGCGUGACAGUCCGCCCACCUCUAACCACCCGAUCGAUAUCCAUCCGGUCUCUGUAACGGCGAGCAUUGACAAAGCGGAACUUCGAACACCGGACUCGUCCAGACAACAGUGUUCGUGCUUGUGGCUGGAGAUGGAUAACAUUAGUCCUUACUCCGGAUUUGUUCGACUCACCAGACAGACUCAGAAGGACACCCAUUCCGUUCUACAAAACUUGCUAGAUUAUAUGCAAUCCCAUUGCAAAUGUACGGACCAUUCAGAUCAUUCGUAUUCAUCUUCGGAGGAAUCUGGUUGUCAGUGGCAUGAACUGACUCGUACUGAUGUGUUACAUCUCUGGCAAAUUAUCCUAUCUCAUGAGUACGAAUUAUGCACAAAAAUUCGGCCAGCUCCUGCACAACAUGGGGGUCGUGAUGUGUACUUAUUUUACCGAAUGUACAACUGUUGA